AUGUCAACACCAACGCACUACGACGCAAUAGUAAUUGGGUCCGGUCAAGGUGGCACCCCCCUAGCCAAAGCCCUUGCGCAAGCCGGCCGGCGCACCGCACUCAUAGAAUCAAAGCACAUAGGAGGAACAUGUAUCAACGAAGGCUGCACACCGACCAAGACGAUGGUCGCCUCUGCCCGCAUCGCCCAUCUAGCUGGCCACGCCCAAGCAUUCGGCGUGAACUUCAAGAAGAGCAGUCUGACCUUGAACAUGGAGACUGUGCGUAAACGGAAGCGCGAUAUAGUCGACAGUUUCCGCACAGGCAGCGAGAACCGGCUCAAAGAUGUUCCAAACCUGGAUGUGAUCAUGGGCAAAGCGCGAUUCACUGGCCCGAAAACCGUCGAAGUCACCGCCAAUGAUACCGGGAUGAGCGAGACUUUCACAGCAGACCAGUUCUUCAUCAACGCCGGGUGUUCGCCUUCCACACUGAACGUCAAAAACGCCGAUACCAUCACAGGCAAUCUCCUGGACUCAACGUCGAUCAUGGAACUAGGCGAAGUCCCCAGGCAUCUAGUCGUGAUCGGCGGUGGCGCCGUAGGCUGCGAAUUCGCGCAGAUGAUGAAACGCUUCGGCGCACGUGUCAGCCUGGUCCAACGUGCCUCUCACCUCCUCCCGCGUGAGGACCCUGAAAUCUCGGAGGAAGUCCACAAGAUCUUCACCGAUGGCGGAAUCGACGUGUUUGUGGGAGCCGAGACCCGCGAAGUCUCCAAUGUCACGCUGGGCCAGAUUGUUGUGUCCUUGGGCUUGAGCGACGGGAGCGUCAAGUCGCUGCUGUGUUCGCACGUUCUGGCCGCGACGGGCCGAAGCCCCAACACCACGGACUUGGGUAUGUCUGCGGCGGGCGUUGAGCUCGACAAGCACGGCUUCAUCAAGGUCGACGAGCACCUGCAGACCACGGCACCGGGCAUCUAUGCACUGGGCGAUAUCAAAGGUGGAGCGGCACAGACGCACGUCUCGUACGACGACUUCCGUGUCCUGAGGGACAAUCUAAUCACCAAGGCCGACGCAACGGGCAAGGCGUCGAUUGAGAACAGGCUCAUUCCGUACACCGUCUUCAUCGAUCCGCAGCUCGGGCGCGUGGGGAUGACGGAGAAAGAAGCACGCGCCUUGACGCCAGCGAGAAACAUCAAGGUCGCCAAGAUGCCCAUGGAGUAUGUGGCUCGCGCGCUGGAAAUGGACGAGAGCAAAGGGCUGAUGAAGGCUGUCGUAGACGCUGACACGAAGGAGGUCUUGGGAUUCGCGUGCUUGGGGAUUGAGGGAGGCGAGAUCAUGUCGAUGGUCCAACUGGCAAUGAUGGGCGGUCUGACUUACGAUGAGUUGGAGAACGCGAUGUUUGCGCAUCCGUGUCUAUCGGAGAGUUUGAACAAUCUCUGGGGAUUCCUGGAAUGA